AUGGACAGAGACCAGCACGAGCUGCAGUUUCUCGGGUUCGUCGACGUCUAUAGAGAGAGCUCCAAGAUCAUCAUCAAGGGAGGAAGAUCUUCGCUCAGAUCACGUACACGCUCAUCCUCCUUCUCUGCAUCAUCUUCCUUGCACUCUCUGAGGAAGGACAGCCCGAGGUACAGGGAUCUGUGCUGCAUGCUCAAGAAUUUCUGGCUCGUCGAGCUCAGCUCCUUCAUCUCCGUCUUCGUCUUCUCUCUGCUUUCAACCUCAGCUGUUGUCUACAUGGGGCUCGUCAUCGUGAGGCAAUUUUCAGUUGGCCCUGCACUUGGGAUUGCCCUGGCGGUCAUUCUCUUGAUCUUGUACGUUGUUGGGUUUGUUUAUAUCACCAUGAUUUGCCAAUUGGCGAGUGUGAUCUCGGUUCUUGAAGAUGCGUACGGAAGGAAGGCGAUGACGAAGAGCAAGGGACUGAUAAAGGGCAAGAUGGACCUACGAGUUUGGUGCUUUUUUGGUGUCUUGGUGUGCUCCGUCCUGGUUCAGGCACUGUUUGGAUCCCUUGUGGCCUUGGACGCGGUUCCUCUUGGAGUCAAGAUUGGGAUCGAGCUGAUCUGCAUGAUGUUGUUGUCGAUGUUGGUGCUGUUCAAUUUGAUCGUGCAAACAAUGAUCUACUUCGUCUGCAAGUCCUACCACCAUGAGAACAUCGACAGCUCCUGCUUAUCUGAUCAUCCGAAGGUCUAUCUUGGAGACCGUCUGUAA